GGAGAUGAGAGCUGGAAGAAGGGCUGGACUGCCUAAAGCUGUUCAGGCCUCAGGCCUCAGGCCUGUGGCCCAAGCCCAACCAGGUGGCCUGACCAGCCCCACCCCUCCCUCCCACAGUGUGCCUACCUCCAAGCCAAGAACUGCCAGGUGGAAAGCAAGUACCUGGCGGGGCUACGGAGGCUGCAGGAGGCCAUGGGGGUCGAGGCAGGCGAGUGCUCGGAGCUACUGAGGCAGCUCAUCCAGGAGGCGCUGCAGUGGGAAGCCAGCGAGGCCUCGGCUGACAGCGUUGUGCUGAGCCCCAUCAGCGAGUAUGACGAGUACGGCUUCCCGACAGUACCCAACUAUGAGGUGGAAGACCUGAGGCUGCUGGCCAAGAUCCAGGCACUGGAAGUGCACUCCCACCACCUGCUGGCCCACGAGGCCGUGGAGCAGCCGCUGCGGGAGCGCUGGGCUGCCCUGGGCGAGCUGGCCCCCUCGGCGGAGAUCAAGCAGCUGCUGCGGGCGGGCGUGCCCCGCGAGCACCGCCCGCGCGUCUGGAAAUGGCUGGUCAGCCUCCGUGUCAAGCACCUGCAGGGCCCCGGCCGCUACCAGGAGCUACUGAGCCGGGGCCAGGCCUGCAAGCACCCCGCCGCACGCCAGAUCGAGCUGGACCUGAACCGGACCUUCCCCAGCAACAAGCAUUUCACCUGUCCCGCCUCCAGCUUCCCUGACAGGCUCCGCCGGGUACUGCUGGCUUUCUCCUGGCAGAACCCCGCCAUCGGCUACUGCCAGGGCCUAAACAGACUGGCGGCCAUUGCUCUGCUGGUCCUGGAUGAGGAGGAGAGUGCCUUCUGGUGUCUGGUGGCCAUUGUGGAGACCAUCAUGCCAGCUGAUUACUACAGCAAGACACUCUUGGCAUCCCAGGUGGACCAGCGAGUGCUGCAGGACCUCCUGUCGGAGAAGCUCCCCAAACUGAUGGCCCACCUGGGGCAGCGCCGUGUGGACCUGUCCUUCAUCACCUUCAACUGGCUCCUCGUCAUCUUCGCAGACAGUCUCAUCAGCAACAUCCUCCUCCAGGUCUGGGAUGCCUUCCUCUACGAGGGCACCAAGGUGGUGUUCCGCUAUGCCUUGGCCAUCUUCAAGUACAACGAGGAGGAGAUCCUGAGGCUGCAGGAUGGCCUGGAGAUCUACCAGUACCUGCGCUUCUUCACCAAGACCGUUUGCGACAGCCGGAAGCUGAUGAACAUCGCCUUCAAUGACAUGAACCCCUUUCCUAUGAAACAGCUACGCCAGCUGCGGAUGGCCCACCGGGAGCGGCUGGAGGCUGAGCUGCACGAGCUGGAGCAGCUCAAGGCCGAGUACUUGGAGACCCGGGCAGCCCAGGGCCCUGCAGUGCCCGAGGGUUGCACCAGCGAGGAUGAGGGAGAGGCGGAGCCCUGACUUGGCUACCUGCCCUCCCCAAAGCCCUUUCUCUCCCUUGGCUGGCAGACCCACAGGGGGACAGCCAUGGAGCAGUGGUCUAGGCCCCGCUGAGCCCCAUCACCAUGUGACCCGGGGCGAGUCCCUUCCCCUCUCUGGGACUCAGUCUCCCCAUUGGAACAUUGGCUCCUGAAACCAUUGGUUGGGUUAUCUCCUUAUGAGCACACACCCAGGAUACACCCCUUCUCACUUCCUCUGCAGAGCAUUUUAGCACCCAGACAAGCAAGAGUGCUGUCUUUACAGGGUAACCUUGAACAUUCUCUAAGUUUUAUCUGUGUAUGACAGUGUAUAUAUUGGAAAUAGUUCACAAGCUUUGGAACCUAAACGAGUCUCAGUAACCAGUUGUUCCUGGGCGGGCCCAGGGCUCCAGAGUGUCCCACCACUAGGGCCUUCCCAGCCAGGGACGUCCCUGGCUGCUGUUUCUCUUGGCAUCUCUGCAGGGCCGGUCCUGGUUCCUGGAGAAGCUGGGGCCGUGUGCAGUUAGGGCUUCCGUCUUUCCGGGCAACAGCGCCUCUCCAGUCCUGCUUGGGCCUUUGUUCCAGUCCUGACUCCCACCUUCCAAGGCCUCCCACGUGCUCUGGAACCCGCGCGCCACAACUACAGAGUCACAGAACCCCAGAGCGCAUGCGCCCUGGAGGCUGCGCGCCACAACUAGAGAGAGAAAACCCACGCGCCACAACGAAGAGCCCGCCCGCAAUAAGAGAUCCAGCAUGCCUCAACGAAGAUCCCACAUACCGCAACUAAUACCCGAUGCAGCCAAAAAUAAAUAAAUAAAUAAAUAAAAAGAAGACAGGAGAUGAGGAGCAUGCUGGACCCCAAAGCCGGCGAGACUGGACAGCAGCGCCCCCUCCUGGCUACCGAGAGAAAGAAGGGCGUCCUCCCGAUACUCAGCGGCCCUCCCUGCCCUCUUCCUCCCGGCGGACUGGGAAGCCUCAGGAAUUACUCUACCAGCCCAGGUUCACCGAGCGCUACUCCCGUGGCGGGCUCUGCACGAGCACUCUGCCGUGCGGGGUAAAUUAGAUCGUCUCAUCUAAUUUUCAAACAGCUCUCUGAGGCAGACACGGUUACUGUUUCCAUUUCACCAAGGGAGAAACUUGAGGCUUCGGGAGGUCGAGUCCCUUGUUCCAAGCCACUCAGCGAGGGAGCGGCGGGACGUGGAGGCAGGAGAGUGUGACUGUCCCCAGCUUCUGUUUGGUCGCGCGGGGUAGCCCGCCCCAGUCACUGCGGCGAGUGCGCGCCAGUGUGCGCGCCCGUUCGCGCGCCCGUUCUGUGCGCGUGUGCGCGCCCCGAGACCAGCCCCAGGGGGCCCGGAGCGCGGCGAAGGGCGUGAGGAAGCAGUGGUUGCCCCGCGGGCUCGCGGAGAGCGAGGGCGGGGCUUGUGCCGGGCCCUUGCCCCGCCCACCGGCCCCGCCUGCAGUGAGUGCUUAGGGAGGGAGGAGGCGGCGCUGGGAACCGGGACUCGGCGGGCGGCGAGGAGCGCGGAGACGGAGCC